AUGGCCGGAGCAGUGGGCAAAUAUGCAGCCAACAAGCUGCUUAAGAAGCAAAUGGCAAAGUACGAGAGCAAGAAGCCCACGGGUGGACAGGACCCAUACUUCGCCAUGGUCGAAGACCCGCGCAAACCAGGCAAACUCAAGAAGGUCAAGAAGCAAAUCCCCUCCUACAUYCCCGAAAACGACGCCAUGAUCCUCGCCUCCUUCCGCAAAAACGCCUACCACCUCGAUUGCUCCCUCUUCUCCCUCUUCGGCAUGCGUUUCGGCUGGGAAUCCGUCAUCGGCAUCGUUCCCGCCAUCGGAGACGCAAUCGGCGCCGCUCUGGCCCUACUCCUCGUGCGAAAAACCCGCAAGCUCGACGGUGGAAUCGACACGACCUUGGUAGUCCGCAUGCUGAUCAACGUCGCGAUCGAUUUCCUCGUCGGUCUCGUGCCAUUCAUCGGUGAUCUCGCGGACGCGGCGUUCAAAGCCAACACAAAGAAUCUCAGAUUGUUGGAGGAGCAUCUGGAUAAUAAAUACAAACCUUCGAAUCUCAAGUUUGACGAUAGGGAUUUCGUGGGUGUGGAUAAGGAGAGGCGGAAGACGAAUCGCAAGUCGGGGAUUUACAUGCCCAAUGACCCCCCACCGGCUACGGUCUUUGAAGACAGUGAUGUGGAGGAUGACAGAUAUCAUUCCGCGGGAGCACCACCGUCGAGAGUCGAUGGCUUUCAUGAACCUCGUCCGGCUUAUGCUACCGAGGAGCGCAGAGGUGGAGAGCGUGCUGGUGUACAUUCCAGCGGUGGAAGCAGGACCCAGCCUCCAAGGAGAUAG